UAAAAUUGCCAUCUUGGUGGAAAAGAGUGUUUACACGUCAGUCGGUCCGGUUCGGUUGAGAAAAUUCCGAAGUUUUUCCCAUUUUCCGACGUUUUUACGGAAAAAUCCGGCUUCCCUGGUGUGGUCUGCCGGGAGCUACGUGCGUGCGGCGUCGUUUGAGGUAUAAUUUCGUGUGAAGGCGGUGUGGAAAGCGGGUGAAGAUGAAUAUUUUCCGAUUGGCCGGUGACUUGUCACAUCUCUUGGCGAUUAUCCUACUGCUGAUAAAAAUAUGGAAGACGAGGUCAUGCGCUGGCAUCUCCGGUAAAUCGCAGAUCCUGUUCGCCGUGGUUUAUGUGAGUCGUUAUCUGGAUCUGGUUACGACGUUCAUUAGCCUGUACAACACGCUGAUGAAAUUGGUCUUCAUCACGUCCUCGUUCGCCACCCUUUAUUUGAUGUAUGUCAAGUUCAAAGCGACCUACGACCACAAUCACGAUUCGUUCCGCAUCGAGUUCCUGCUGUUGCCGUGCUUCGUGCUGGCGCUAUUGAUCAACGCUAGCUUUACGCCGCUGGAAGUGCUGUGGACGUUCUCGAUCUACCUGGAGGCGGUGGCCAUCUUGCCGCAGUUGUUCCUGGUCAGCAAAACGGGCGAAGCGGAAAGUAUUACCAGUCAUUACCUGUUCGCGCUGGGAUCGUACCGUGCCCUGUAUCUGCUCAACUGGAUCUACCGGUACUACGCCGAGGGACACUACGAUCUGAUUGCGAUCUUCGCCGGGGCCAUCCAGACGAUCUUGUACUGCGAUUUCUUCUACCUCUACAUCACCAAGGUGUUGAAGGGCAAAAAGCUGCAACUUCCGGCGUAAGGUGGUGGCGGAGAAGCUUGAAGGUCGGAGAGGCCGCCGGAGGAGAGCCAAAUUUUCCAAACCCAAACACGUUGCAUCCCAGUUUUUCGGCGCUAAUUGAAGAACAAAUCUAAAACUUAUUUCAGUAAAAAAGCAGAAAUCAUAGCAAAGAAGUAAAGAAUAGUAGUUAACCAAGCAAACAAACAACAGAACAGUUUACCCGCGGCCGAGUCUCGGCAGUCGUUCGACCGAUUGUCUGCCAACUAAUCGGGGCACAAAACUAGCGUUCGUCGUACAUAUAUUUAAAGAAACCCCAAAAUCAAAGCCUAGAGUUAUUUUAAAGUUUUCCCCUAACUUAAUGUUUUUCUGUUCAGUUUCGACUUCCCUACAAUUGUGUAUGGUUGCGCAAUUUUUAUUCGUUUCUACGUACUAUAAGAAAACAAAAGGUCAAGUGUGAAUAAAUUCAUCAUACACAGCCCCACGACACGAGGAAGGAAUGAGUUUCGUUUUAAAUAGGAAUGUGUCUUUUUCCAUUGUGGAAAAAAAAUGUCGCUAUGAUAAAAAAAACUGGAACCGAAAGGCGAACGUUUUAAGUAAGCAAAAUCCCCUUAUAUUCUUCUAUUUCAUAAAAUUAAAUACUUUACUGAGCUACUGUAAAACAAAAAAAAAAUGAAAAAUGGUAAUGAUAAUAAGGUAAUACACAAACAAAUAAAGAAUGGAAAUUCCACUCACUAAA